AUGGCUCCCAUUAAGGCCUGGGCUGCCUUUGCUGCCCUUUCCCUCGUUUCUACUGUCCACGCCUGGCACGUUGAGCUGCCGCCUUGCGUCGACAACUUUCAGCCCUUUGUGAACUCUGGCUGUCACGCAAACACCGAUGGCAAGUCUCUGACGUACCGCUCAUCCACGAGCUCUCGCGAGAUGACUGUCGAGAAGUGCACUGCCGAAUGCAAGGGCAACGGAUACCGCUAUGCCGGCCUCGAGUACUACGGCGUUUGCUACUGCGGCAACACCGUCAACGGCCCCGAGCUUGCCGCCGGAGAGUGUUCCUUUCCCUGCAACGGCGACAAGAACGAGACUUGCGGCGGUGACAGGAAGCUUUCUGUGUUCGAGGACCGUACCUUCCCCGCCACUGACGCCGUGACGAUCGAGAACUAUGUCGACACGGGCUGCUGGACCGACAACUCCCAGAUCGGCAAGUCCCUCUCCUGGCCCCAGGACCAGCUCGACAAGUCCGUCAUGACCCCUAGCCUCUGCACCGAGGCCUGUCGCCAGGGCGGCUUCCCCUAUGCUGGUGUCGAGUACGGUCAGGAGUGCUGGUGCGGCGCCGUCAUGGGCAACGAGACGCGCUCCGUCGAUGCCUCGCAAUGCGGCAUAGCAUGCAAAGGCGACAAGACCAAGACCUGUGGUGGCCGCUCCCGCAUCAACAUUUUCUUCGCCAAAGAGUUCCAGUCCCUCGAGCCCUGCGGCCACCAGCCGGACCGGCCUCCGCUGUCCUCAGCCCCGGUUUCUUCUUCUGCCGAGACUACUUCGACGCUGCUCACGUCCUCGCUGACGAUCGUCUCCUCUUCGCUUCCUUUGUCGUCUCCAGCGUCGUCCACGGAGGUUUCGUCGUCUCACCCUUACAUUGAGCCCUCCACCUCUUCAUCUGCUGCCUCGACUUCUACCACCUCCGUCUCUUCCAGCUCGACGACUGUCGUCUCUUCUACCUCUUCCUCCUCCUCCGCCAUCACCACUUCUCUCUCCUCCUCCUCUUCCUCCUCCUCUUCCUCCUCCUCUUCCUCCUCCUCUUCCUCCUCCUCUUCCUCCUCCUCUUCCUCCUCCUCUUCCUCCUCCUCUUCCUCCUCCUCCUCCACCACUUCUUCCUCCUCCUCCUCAACCUCUUCUUCUUCUUCUUCUUCCUCCUCCUCCUCCGCUUCUUCAUCCUCCUCCACAAAAGCUCCUUGCACCAUGACGACUCUCAUUUCCUCCACCACCUCGACCCAGGCACCUCCCCCGCCUACGACCACCGCGCCUCUCACAACCACCCGAGCCACCAUCACCACCACAAGCACUAAAUCUUCGGCAAUUUGUACUACCGCGGUUGUGACCCCGCCCAAGCACGAGUACUGCUGCGGCAACUGGUGCUCUACCCCCAUCCCUGAUUUCAGCGACUGGGACACGUGCGCCAAGGCAAAGGCUAAGUGCAGCCUCCAGGUUGCGGCUUGCCUGAACCAGGCGGGUUGGCCUGGUGCUGUUGAGUGCUUCAACUUCCAGCAGUGGUGCCAAAACAUCGACAUGUUCUGUGGCUGGAUGUGUCGGCAGGGCUGGGACAGGUCGUGUUCCAAGAAGGACUACUUGAACUUCUACAAACCCAUCGGCGACGGCAAGCCCAUGACUCCACCCUCGCCACUUCACCUGCGCCGCCACCACUUCCACGACUAUUGCAAGUGCCGCUCCUACGGGCGCCCGAAUGUCCCGUCCGCUUGCGCCGACGCCUGCCGCCAGCAAUUCGACAGCUGCAACGCCGUGUAUGCCAAGGGUUGCUGGAGUUUCAAGAGCUGGCGCAACCGCCGUGAAAUCGGAGCUUCUCAUGAAGUGCCCGUGUCUGCAGCGCUGGCUGACCGCUCGCCGAAUCUUGAUGCUGCCAUCGAUAAGCGCACCUUCGGCGGAUUCUUUGGCGACAGCUUCUGGGAUGCCACGAACAAGUGCAAGGCCCAAUACAAUGACUGCAUAAAUGUCAACAGGGGUGUCACCGGUGCUGGCGUGUGCUGGUCUUAUGGGCAGUGGUGGUAA